CGGCCCUGUUUCCGCUCUCCGGGUCGUUCUGGCCUCUGCGCCCUGGUGCCUCAGUGCUUUCCGCCGUACCCAGGGACUCCCUCUGCAUUUCGACUGUCUCCGGGGCUCGGAGCCACGCGGCGGUGCGUCUUGGCGGCGCCGCCCGGACCGAGGCCCGCCGCGCCGCGGCGAGUUCGCGCAGACCUGACCCCGUGUCUCCCCAGCUCCGUUGAGGCCGCCGCCUCGGGAUGCCCUGGCUGGGGUCCGCGCCGCGCUGGGCGGCCGCCGCGGGCCGUUGGGGCUGCAGGCUGCUCGUGCUGCUGCUGUUCCUGGUGCCGGGCCCCGGCGGCGCCUCCGAGAUCACCUUCGAGCUGCCGGACAAUGCCAAGCAGUGUUUCUACGAGGACAUCACGCAGGGCACCAAGUGCACUCUCGAGUUCCAGGUUAUUACUGGUGGUCACUACGAUGUAGACUGUCGACUAGAAGAUCCUGACGGUAACGUGUUGUACAAGGAGAUGAAGAAGCAGUAUGACAGUUACACCUUCACAGCCUCCAAAAACGGGACAUACAAAUUUUGCUUUAGCAAUGAAUUUUCUACUUUCACACAUAAAACUGUAUAUUUUGAUUUUCAAGUUGGAGAAGACCCACCUUUGUUUCCUAGUGAGAACCGAGUCAGUGCUCUUACCCAGAUGGAAUCUGCCUGUGUUUCAAUCCAUGAAGCUCUGAAAUCUGUCAUUGACUAUCAGACUCACUUCCGCUUGAGAGAAGCUCAAGGCCGAAGCAGAGCCGAGGAUCUAAACACGAGAGUGGCCUACUGGUCAAGUGUGGAUCCUAGUCAAAGCCGUCCCACGCUGGAUUCCAAGCAGUCGGAAGACAUCUGCCUGCGUGGUGAUGCUGUGUGCAGCAGUCCUGCAGAGAUGCCAGCAGGGGAGCAGGACGGGGUGGAGGAGAGGCUGGAAGAGGACACGGAAGAAGAGGUGUUCCUCAAAUUUGUGAUACUGCACGCUGAAGAAGACACAGGCGAAGCCCUCCGAGUCCAGAGUCUGCUGGAAAACGACUUCGGCAUCAAACCUGGAAUCAUCUUUGCCGAGAUGCCGUGUGGCAGACAGCAUUUACAGAACUUGGAUGAUGCUGUCAACGGGUCUGCCUGGACUAUCUUACUGUUGACCGAAAACUUCUUAAGGGACACCUGGUGUAAGUUUCAGUUCUAUUCGUCCCUCAUGAACUCCGUUAACAGGCAGCACAAGUACAACUCCGUCAUCCCCAUGCGGCCCCUGAACAAGCCCCUGCCCCGAGAGAGAACUCCCUUUGCUCUGCGAACCAUCAAUGCCCUGGAGGAAGAAAGUCGUGGCUUUCCUACCCAGGUGGAAAGGAUUUUUCAGGAGUCUGUGUACAGGAUACAGCAAGCUAUAUGGAAAGAGACCAGAAAUACGGUACAAAGGCAGUCUGUUGCCUGAGACAGCACACACAACACGAGACAGACUCGUGUUUUGUAAAACAAAACAAAAAGCUUCACUUGCAAAAACAAGUUCCUAGGAGAGGUUUCAGUGAAAGAGAACCUUCCUGUUACAAAACCUGUGGAGCCCAAGAAAGAUAAAUGUCUGCAGGACAGUCUGUAGAAUUGUGGUAUUUGAUGUUUCCAUAAACUGGAAAUCAUCCGAGUUUGAAGAGCUCUGUUUCCUCUCACAGUUUUCCUGGUUCAUGAUUACUACAAAGGGUAUUUUAAAUUCAUCUUCCUUAUGUUGAACUUGAUCAAAAACUUAGAGACAUUUAAAAAAUGCAAUUAAUUACCCUUUGAUUUUGUUCUCAAAGGACACACAGAAAAAAACAACCUUGAGAGAUCUGACCAGCCUGCCUUUCGAGGUACCUGUCGCGAAUGUUGUAACGAAGCACUCCCGGUGUCGUCACCCGGACACGGGGACAGCCAGGCUAGCACAUUUAGAAUGUUGAGUACUGAUAAAUGUGAAACCCAAAAUAGAUGCGGCAGUGGUGGGGCCCUUUAAAUAAUCCAGUCAAAUGUCCUUCCCUUUCUGCUGCAGUUGACGGGCAGGCAGAACUGCAGGCAGUUCCCACCACAUUUGUUGGUACUGUGAUUAGGGACUCUGUGCCUGGUGUGGACAUGACCCCUGGAGCCAGAAGCUCUCUAUGUUGGUCGUCAGCUAUGACCAGGACUUUAUCUGAAGAGCUUCUGAAAGGUGUAUGUGUCCUCGAUCAGAUGUUCUCUUUUAAAAUCAAUAACCUCUCCUCUGCAAGCUGUUAAAAAUUCUUAUCUCACACAGUGCUUUAUCAAGGAAAUAUUUCUCAGUAGCCUGAGUGUGUGUGUGUGUGUGUAAUGUGAGUGUGUGUUGUAGAUUACUUUCAGACUUGAAGUGGGAAAUGCAUUUUAUGGUUUCUUGUCCCACAAUGAUAGCAAAUCGGAGGCUCCAAGCAGACCAGUUCCUUUCUUUCACAGCCCUUCUGCCCCAGCUGAGAUUGACGGAGAACUAUCAAGUGCAGACCACGAAUGGGAGAGUGUGAGUCCGUCAUGCUGGAAUGAGAAAAGCACCCGAUAGGGUAUCAGAGCACCUGGUUCUUGUCCAGUCUUUUUCACUGAGGAGGAAUGUGACCGUGGGCAAGCUACUACCCUCAUUCAUCUGUGAAAAGAAAAGAUUGGAUUGAUAAAUCUGCAAAGGGCAUUGUCCUCUUCCAGAAUGUGAACAACUAGGAACCAGGAAAGGGAACAAGCAAACAAAUGAUAGAAUUUCAUAAUAUGAUUUAUAAUUUAAUAGAUGCAGGAGGCUUCAUGUAUAUGCUCACAAUGAAAGGCUGUUGUAUAUGUUUAUAGCGUAAUUGGCUUCUAAUGCUACCCAUUAUGCUUUUACAGUCACAGAAAAAUAUUACAAUGCAUGCUUGCUUAGAUUUUUUUUAAUUAAAAAAUUUUUUUUUUCUAGAGACCUUUGCUGCAGAAACAUUCUGCCCUAUUUUUCUUUCUCUUUAUCCCCACUUCUCCUCCAUAUCCCCUUGCUAACACUGGGGUUUGCUCACAGCUUUCUGCAGUCCGCCUCUUCACAGUCAUGAACCAACAUGUUUCAUAAUCUUGCAAGUAAGUCAGGCCUCCCCCGCUACUAGUACUUAUGAAAGAUGAGAUUCCUCUCAUUGCGUGGUGACUUAAAAGCCCCCUCCUGUCAUAGUAGCUGACUCCUCACUUCUCGUGUUCAGUUCUAAUGAUAAGCUUUUUUUUUUGCCAUACUGCUUGCUUCCUGUAUCUCCAGUUUCGUAUACAAAUAAAACAUUUACUACUCACCCUUGCCUGCCUGCCUGCCAAAGUUGGAGCAAUUGAUGCUGGAUGGUGUUUUUUAAAUAAAUGUUUUUAUUCUUUA